AUGGCGGCCCCAAAGAUGACCAAAAACCAGAUGCGACGGGCCAAGAAGAAGGAGCAGAAGAAGGCGCAGGUUGAGUCAAGCGAUGGCGGAGCACAGAACAAGACAACAGACGACUCUGCGAUAGAUGGCGCCUCUACCAAAGCCUCAGAUCUCGAGGUUAAGCAAGAUCCUGAUAUCGCAGAAUCAGCCCCUGUCGAUGGCCCUAUCGACAUCAAGUUCGAAGACGACGAUCCUGCAUAUGCCGUCUACAAAGAUAUCCUGAGGAAGUUUGGGCCAAGCUUGGAAGAUGACGAGAUCACAAGAGAGGCCAAUGCUGGAAACAAGGGCGAGGUCUUCUUUGACCAGGAUGACGAGAUCCCAGAUGAAGACGACGAGGCGGCACAGACAAAACUCUCCAAAAAGAAGCGCAAGAAGUUAAAUAAGCUGUCUAUCGCCGAGCUGAAGGCUUUGGUUAGAAACCCCGAGGUUGUCGAAUGGCAUGACGUCUCCUCUACAGAUCCGCGAUUGCUUGUUCAAAUCAAGGCACAGAGGAAUAUCGUGCCCGUUCCUACACAUUGGUCUCUCAAGAGAGAAUAUCUCUCGAGCAAGAGAGGAAUCGAAAAGCCUCCCUUCAGGCUACCAAAGUUCAUCGCCGAGACCGGAAUCACCGAAAUGCGGGAUGCUGUGCUCGAGAAGCAGGCGGAGCAAACGCUCAAGCAGAAGCAACGAGAGCGAGUGCAGCCCAAGAUGGGAAAACUUGAUAUCGAUUAUCAGAGACUAUACGAUGCCUUCUUCCGCUUCCAGACCAAGCCAGAUCUCACGCGCUUCGGGGAUGUUUACCACGAAGGCAAGGAAUGGGAGGCCGAUUAUAGAUAUUUCAAACCUGGUGAGAUCAGCGAUUCACUACGGGAAGCCCUCGGUAUGCAACCUGGUUUCCCUCCUCCUUGGCUUCUCCAGCAGCAACGCGUUGGCCCUCCACCCUCAUACCCGACUCUUAAAGUUCCCGGACUCAAUGCACCUCUCCCUGCUGGUGCGUCAUGGGGUUUCGGUCCCGGUCAGUGGGGCAAACCACCUGUGGAUGAGUACAACCGACCUAUCUAUGGUGGAGACAUUUUCGGUGUUGUGUCCGGCGGUCCCGGGGCACCCAAUCAGGCGGUAGGAAUGCAAGCCCCUGAAGUCGAGCGCGUUGAUAGGACACUAUGGGGAGAGCUGCAGCCUCCUGAAGAAGAAUCCGAGGAGGAGGAGGAAGACGAGGACGAGGACGAAGAAGAGGAGGACGAGGACGCCGAUGUUCCUGGCGGCCUGCAGACUCCUAGUGGUCUGGAGACCCCUGGAGGUUAUGUCAGCUCUGUACCGACCGACUACCCCAGCCAUGGUCCAGGUGUAGAGAGCAGCAUGGCUGGAGAGUUCGACCUCCGGAAACAGCGCCGUGGCUAUGAAACAGAAGAGAGCAUUGCAGGACCACGUUCAGCUUACACGGUUAUUCCUGAGCGUCAAGCCCGGGCUGAGGGCUUUUUUGGAAGUGACAGGGUGUACGAUUUGUCCAAGAGCAAAGGCAGCGUGCCUAUUCUUGGUCAGGACGACGAAAGUCGAAAACGGAAGAAGCCAGGCGACGUGGAUGUCGCCCUUGAUCCGGAAGCACUUGCUAGCCAUGACGGUAUCAGCAAAGACGAGCUGCGUCGCAAGUUUGAUGAGGGCCGGCGAGAGGAUGGUGUUGGAGCAAAAUGGCAGUAUGAUGACGACCUGAGCGAGAUGAUUGCACAAGAGAGCCGCAAGAGAGUAAAGCGUGACGAGGAGCGCAAGGGCGAGAAGAAGAAAGAGAGCAAGUAUCGGUUUUAA